ACGUGGGUCGAACACAGGAAGUUGAAUUAUCAGCUGAUUCCGCUGGCUGUUGUUGAUGCCUGAAGUUGCUGUUGUUUGAACACUGUGUUGCUCUUAUCCGCUGUUGACAUUGAAGACGCAUUAAACCUUACCAAGGGACACGGUGGGCAUUUACCGACUGACGAGCUCAUGAGUUACAAGACAAAACGUCUCACAGUGAGGACUUUUAUUUUGCGCACUAGCGGCAGAAGAGCUAGCUCCAAAGCUUGAACCUUUGGUGAAAGGAAGAAAGAAAGACAGGAAAAAAAAAAAAAAUGCCGACGGCUUGGCGUGCUGCCUUUGUUUAUGUCGUGCUAGUCUGAACUGCGAUAUUAAUUUCCUUUGUCUUGAAUUUAGAAUUUGUAUGCACAUACGUAUAUAUUUGUACUUUAUUGCCAUUACGUGGAGGGUCAGCUAGCUCGUCAGCUAACGUUAGCUCAUAGCGCAAAGAAACUGUCUUGUUGUCAAGCUUUGAUGCUUUCGUAACCGCCCAGCAGUGGCAGAUAACGAUAGCUAACAGUGUGAAUAGUCGUGCCUCUAGUUUUUAAGUGCUUGUCACUGGAUCAGGUGCUUUGUUGGUGUGUUGGAGACGAAGGACAACACUGUAACCGAACAAGUCCAUGUUAAAUCGGAGCCUACUGGAGAUGUGUGAGUCUGUUAAACACGUCUGACUUCUGUUUGUUCAUUCCUGACGUCGAACCAAGUGAACUCCUUUUAUCCCUUUCUUAUCCGUAUCGAUUUUAAACCACACAAACAAGUACUAGGUUAACUGACAGCUGGCCUGGUACGUUUUAGGUUGGCUGGCAGGUUGUGUAAUUUGUGGGCAGACUGUCAGUCAUUGCUGGGGAACUUCUUAAACUGUUAUUUAAAAAAAAAAAACGUUUGUAUCUCUGUAAGCAUUAGGUGUUCAGCCACAGGUGGCUCUGCGGAUGUCAUUUACACUAUUCAACACGUUUAAAUCACAUAUAACGUGAGACAGCCAACCUUUUACUGUAACCCAUAGAUUGAGUGGCUGUUUGAUGCUCACACUCAGAAAAACAAGUAGAUGGAGUUAUGAAUUAAAGUAGCCAUCUGAAACUAUUGUGAGACUGUGCUGUGAUCAGGGAAAGAUAGGCGAAGAGAAAGGGUCCCUCAGAGGGUCCCAUUGUGUCUUGAGGUGAGGUGAGCCUGCCCCCCACUACUUGCCAAUGCUGGAUCUGGAGGUGGUGCCUGAGAGAUCACUAGGAAAUGAGCAAUGGGAAUUCGCCUUAGGGAUGCCAUUGGCCCAGGCCAUCUCUAUUCUGCAGAAACACUGCCGCAUUAUUAAAAAUGUCCAGGUGUUAUACAGUGAACAGACGCCACUCAGCCAUGACCUUAUACUGAACCUGACUCAGGAUGGGAUUAAACUGCUGUUUGAUGCCACAAGUCAGAGACUCAAGGUGAUUGAAGUGUAUGACCUGAGCAAAGUCAAGUUGAAAUACUGUGGAGUACAUUUCAACUCUCAGGCCAUUGCCCCCACAAUAGAGCAAAUAGACCAGUCAUUCGGAGCUACGCACCCUGGAGUUUACAAUGCUGCAGAGCAGUUGUUCCAUCUCAACUUUCGCGGCCUGUCUUUCUCCUUUCAACUGGACUCAUGGAAUGAAGCUCCAAAAUACGAGCCUAACUUUGCCAUGGGUUUGGCCUCCCUUCAGAUUCCACACGGGGCCAUGGUCAAGAGGAUGCACAUCUACACUGGCAACAACCUGCAAGAAACAAGAGCUCCGGCAAUGCCUUUGGCUUGUUUCCUUGGUAACAUCUUUGCAGAGUGUGUGGAUGUCCUGAGAGAUCGGGCAGGGCCACUGGGGCUCAAACUCCGCCUUCUCACUGCAGGCUGCGGUCCGGGCGGGAUGGCUGACGGUAAAGUGAGGUCCCUAGAAAGGAGCAUCUACUUUGGAGAUUCUUGUCAGGAUGUACUGGGUGCUCUGGGCUCGCCACAUAAAGUAUUCUACAAGUCUGAGGACAAGAUGAAGAUCCACUCUCCAUCUCCUCACAAGCAGGUCCCUUCCAAAUGUAACGACUACUACUUCAACUACUUCACCCUUGGAGUGGAUAUCCUGUUUGACUCUACAACUCACUUGGUUAAAAAGUUUGUCCUCCAUACCAACUACCCCGGACAUUACAACUUCAAUAUAUAUCAUCGCUGUGACUUUAAGAUUCCACUUGUCAUUAAGAAAGAUGGAGCUGAUUCUCAGACGGAGGACUGCAUCUUAACCACCAACAGCAAGUGGGAUCAGAUUCAGGAAAUGCUCGGUCACCCGAUGGAAAAACCAGUCGUGCUCCACAGGUCCUCGUCAGCCAAUAACACCAACCCCUUCGGCUCUACCUUCUGCUUCGGACUGCAGAGGAUGAUCUUUGAGGUGAUGCAGAAUAACCACAUAGCAUCAGUAACCCUCUAUGGUGCUCCACGGACCGCUAGCCAAGCCCGACCUGAAUCCAGCAGUAGUUCCCACUGAACAAGUAACCAGAACCACAUCUCAUUCUGGCCUGUCCUGAAUCUAGCACCUCUGCUGACUGAACCUCUAACCCAGAGCCAGAUUCGUAACCAAGCAGACCUACCACGUCAACAACAAAGUCAUUCAUACCCAGCGCAUAUGCUACUCAUCAAACAGAAACGCAACCAGAAUAACCGAGUCCGACCUGGCAUUUAUCACCUUUUUUUCCUGGCGGGUGGUCCUAAGAGUUACUCGUCUAAUCGGACACACCCAGUCGGAACAGUCAACCCAACCCAGACUAUCUCAGGAUCGAGUUAAAUGGUCGCAGUGCUGGACCACUGAUGUUUUGAAAUGAAACAACUGAAAACGAUGUCUUGUUUGUGUGGGAAUAUCACAGUGGUGCUGCAAACUGACACGGUGAAGAAAUCUGUGCUCAACUAGAGCUCAACUGUUUCCUGUUUCCAUCCAGUGACUGAAUUCACCCAGGACGACAGACGAAGAGUUUGUCCAGACUAUAGUUUGGAUGCCAUGGUUCUACCAGUAAGGUGUCAUGGCAGCCUGUAUAUGACAAUAACCUCCAUCACAUUUUGUGGUGCAAUGAUCAGCAUUUAAUUGUCAUCGUGCAACAGAUCUCUUAUGGAAAACUGCAGUGGCCAAAGUCUUGAAAACAAACUCUUUCUCGACCCGCUGAAUAAACAUCAAGCAUCAACCGCACUGCCAGCCCGACCGGUACCGCCCGUCUUCCUGCAGCGACUUCAGAACCAGGCCCGAUUGGCUCAAUGGAAACCCGGGCACGUUAAAAACCCCAAGUACCAAUCCCUGCCCAUCCCUAUGAUGAGCCAUCAGAGCCAAACACAUCGGGCCGAAUCACAUCGAAGCUGCAGGGGACUGUAACAAAAACACAAGAGAAAAAAAAACGUGAGAAUCCAGAUUUUGUCGUACGAGCGGAGAACCAAGCGCCCCCGGGGUUUGGAGAGACGUGGCCCAGAAACACACCCACAACGGCCGGAUGAGCCCGAUGUGAAAGCCCCUCAAAGCAGAACGACCCAAACACGGUCAACGUUAUUGUCUCCCUCAUCCAGCUUCCUGCUCACGAUUCCUCCAAAUUUUUACAGUGAUGCCCGCAAACAACACACAGACACACACUCAAGCACACAGCAGCAAACCCUGUUAACCCACAGCUGUUGGUCUUCGCAGCUCUGGGCGUGGCCGUGUCCAUCUCCUCACACACACACACACGCACGCACGCAAGCACGCAAGCACACAAGUAUCUGCAUGUGUUAGGCUGCUGUUGUUAAAAAGACUUUAAUUGAAACACACACAGCAUUUCAGUUCCUUCAACUACUAUUCUCACAUGUAUUUCUAAUACAUGAAAGCUGGUUUAUAUUUUUUAAGCACAAACAAACAUGGAGACAUGCAGGCAUGACACAAGGAUUUGCAUGAACUUGGCAGAUGCUUUUAAAUGAGAGGAAACUUAUUAUAAGCACAAACCGGCAAGCCGUUUUGUUUUAUUUGAUUCUGCAUGUUGCAAAGGGCAGAGACUCGUGUUAUUUCUCUCUGCCCUGAUUCCCUCAUUCACACCAUGACCAUUUUCAUUGUGGUCUCUUGUUACAUUUGCACUAAUACACACCUUUUUACUUGAUUGGUUGAUUGUGAUCCUCAGAGAUAGCUUUGUGGAGGCGUGUGUGUGUGUGUGUGUGUGUGUGUGCGUGCAUCAUGCCCUCCGUGUUACACUCUUCUCCCUCUUUCUUCAUCUCUACAUGUGUUCAAUGCAUUGCAAUUCAUCCCUCAGCAAUGUCUGCAUUUAUUUCUUUUGUUGAAUUGCCAAAUGCUCCAGCCAAAGAUGUUUUCAGAAGGAUGAUUUCAUUCAUCCGCUCACACUAUCACUGUAGUCGCUUGUCUGCACCAGUCCUAAAGGAGAGACUUGCGUGUUUGCCGCCUCCCUUCUCUAACGACUCUAAAUUCAGCUCCUGGUUUGUGUAAUUGCUGACAGUAAUCACACAAGACGCGAAUAACCGACUCACAUGUGUGGUUUUAAAACCAAUCAGCCUGCAAAUCAUCUGAAUUUGGUUACAGCCAGAGACACAUUAACAAUAACAACUAGUGUUGUCCAUCUUGUACCAUUGUUAUUGUUGUCAGAGAGCUGUAAUUCAAAGAAUCAACCCAUUCAGGAAAUGGGGAAGAACAUCAAGCAUUCCUUCAUCUUAACAUUUCUUUCCCUUCCCACUGUCUGAAUUAAAAAAAUCUUUUUAAUUCUAAGCAUUUCAAUAAACUGUGUAUUCAUUUUAAUACACACAUUCUCUUUUAUUGUCCCUUGAUACUGAAGCAAUUUGUUUUUGUUUUUACUAUUGCUGAGUUUAUGAUUGCUUAUAUCAACGUGUGUGUGAAAGCAUCAGGGUUGAAGUCGAGGCCCGUAUACCGUUCAUGACAGAAAUGUUGCAAGUGACGACUGGAGAAUUUUAAAGUUUUGAGUACCCAAUGCCAAGUUGUCUGCUUAGGUGGUUUGGAGAGAUACAGUGUUUUUUCAGAGCGGGUCAGAUAUGCAGUUUGUCAUGAAGAAUAUCAAGGAGCUUGAAGUGAGUUUUGAUGUUCCAACUGGCUUCAACUGCGGAUUUUUAUUUUGUAUUUAUUAGAGGAUCUACAUUUUUUUCCCCGGCUGACUACAUGAAUUGGUUGAUAUAUUUUAUGAGUAACCAAAUUACACAAUGUGAGUUAGCUUGUGGCCAGCAGCAUCUACAAAGAACAGUCUACAUUUCAGAUUCAUCAUAAUAGGAACUAGUUCUAUAAAACUCACCAAUAGUAGCCUUUAUUACACUACCUUGGUUCUUGGCAUUGCAUGGCUCUGAACAGAUUUCCUGUGGUUUCUUACCGGACAGGUGACCAUCAGAAAAUAACAUUAAAGAGCAGUUGAAGAAAUGAAUGUCUGUGUUGUGGAAAUCCAGUUAGUCAAGCUGUUCUUUGAUUCUAUGAGUAGUUUAUUUUUUUUCUGUGUUCGGGCCCUGAUGUUGGAGUCGAUGUUGAUGUUAACAUACUGUAAAUAGUUGUGUGCUCUUAUUCUGGCGUCCUCUUAUUUACAUCAUCUAAAUGGCUUGGCAGAAACACAACUGACUCAGGCACCGGCUGGGUCUCUUAAUAUUUCCUUCUUGAUUCUAAUUAGACUAAAAACUCAGGUGAAGGCAUCUUGCUCACAACUGGCUCAUAAACAAGCACUGGAAGUCUUUUUUUUUUUUAUUCUACACCACUCAGUAUUGAAGCUUUUUUCUUGUGCGAUGUUAAGGCUGCAGUAAACAGAAGUGUUGAGUGCCAGUAGAUAGCUCUGCUUCAGCAAAGCUUGAAUUGCUGCUGCAGGGAGGGAAAACGGGAAUACUAGUAAUUCACAUCUGGACUGGAAGAGAGCUUUGGUUGAGAUGUUUUUGUUGAGUGGACAUAAUCUGAUUCUGAGUCAUUGGCAUGUUGCUUGAUUUUACGUCUACUUGUUUACACGAGAGAGAGAAAAAUACGGCCUCGGCUGCAGCUUUCUCGUAGCCAGACUCCCUCCUAAACGAGCUGAAAGCGGGGGAGAGGGCUGUUUCACAUGCUGGUUUCUCAACAUGGGAUCCCAAAAGCUGGAGUAAUGUUUGAAGACGAAUUCCGACAUGUCCAACUCAUUUUCUCGUCGAGCUCCCAGGUUUGAGAUGUUUCAGAGCGCUGGCUGUCCAGUCAUGUCUGAUGAACCUGGAAACACAAAGUUCCCUCCUCCUGUCUCUGUUCAUCCACAUGAGUUGAUUAGGGGAACCGCUGUAAUAUAAAUACCAUGACAGCUAUACUCCAACAUUUUACUACAACUUGCUUGUGUGCAAGAAACUACAUAUGAGAAA